AUGGCUUCCAGCAAUGAGCUUCCCCGAAUCCGAGCAUGUCUCUUUGACAUGGACGGUUUGUUGAUUGACUCAGAGGAUCUGUACACUGUGAUCACCAAUGAAAUCCUCCAGAAGUAUGACAGGCCUCUGCUCCCGUGGUCAAUUAAAGCACAGAUGCAGGGUCGCCCUCAGCCAGAGGCCGGCAAGAUCUUCCACGACUUUGCCCAGCUUCCUAUCGGCGAUGAGGAGUUGAACCAACAGCGAUUCGCCCUGCAACAGAAGUAUUUCCCGCGCUCGCAGCCGCUCCCUGGUGUACGAACCUUGCUCUCCAACCUCAAGUCCACGGCGUCAACCAACGACCCUGUCUAUAUUGCACUGGCCACAUCGUCGCACCACACCAAUUACAAAUUGAAGACCGACCACCUCACCGAACUUAUGUCUGUUUUCCCCGAAGUCAAUAAGGUCCUUGGUGACGACCCCCGGAUCGGAAAGGGUCGAGGCAAGCCUCUGCCCGACAUCUAUUUGCUUGCACUAGAGACCAUCAACGUUGAGCUGCGCCUUCAGGGAAAGACCGAGAUCAAGCCCGAAGAAUGUCUUGUCUUCGAAGAUGCAGUGCCUGGAGUAGAGGCAGGUCGUCGUGCUGGUAUGCAGGUCGCAUGGGUCCCACAGGAUGGUCUCCUGGAUGCCUUCAAGGGUCGAGAGGGAGAGGUCCUUGCGGGAGCCACGGGCUCGCACAAGGAAGACGAGAAGACCAAUGCCGAGAAGGAGGCCGAGGAACUCCAGGCGUGGCGUGUGAAGGGUGCCGGGCAGCCCGGCAAGAUUGGGGAUGGUUUCGGCCAACUUUAUUCCUCAUUGGAAAACUUCCCUUACGAGAAGUAUGGCAUUCGCAUCCCUUAA